UCUGCUACUACGUCAGUGUACAUCACAGGGACACACAGGACCUUUUUGCUUCAGGUACUCGGGGUGACUCCCUGCACAGAAAAAAAAGCGAAUCUCGGUCACCCUAAACACGCUCACCUUCCAAGCAAAAGGAUUUGGUAUCCGAGCGCACGCUGGCCAAAGUUCAACAGCAGCAGUGCAGUGGAGCAGGGAGCUGUCCGUGGUGCUGAAUUCAUCAGCUAACAGAAAUCCCCAUUGCACACUCAUGUGCUUGGGCCGCUCCUGAUACAUCCCAUUCCUAGCAGCAAUUGACCACCACCUCCACAUCCAAGAUGGACGACGACGGGCGUUACAGGGACAGCCGCUCCGACUUUAUCCGCGGCGCAAAGGACAUUGCCAAAGUGGCCAAGAAACAGGUUGGCAAGAAGGUGGGGCGCAGCGUGGACAAAAUGGCCGACGAGUACACCAAACGCUCCUAUAAACGCUUUGAGGGCGAUGAUGAUGAUGAUGACGACUAUGGCGCUGUGCCUAGCAACGACGGCGGAUAUUACCGAAAUGACAGCCGGGCCAAUGAUGAUGAAGGUCACAGCGACUCCACUGAAGGACACGACGAGGAUGAUGAGAUCUAUGAAGGAGAGUACCAGGGUAUCCCGAGGGCUGACUCGGGCAAGGCUGGCGACAUGGAUGGUGUGGCGGCCGCCCAGGCACAACAGUUCAGGGAUCUGUCAGCCUACGAAAGUGAGAGGAGGAAAGACCAGGAGGAGUUGGCUCAGCAGUAUGAGACCAUCCUGCAGGAGUGUGGCCAUGGGAAAUUCCAGUGGACACUCUACUUUGUCCUGGGGCUGGCGUUGAUGGCUGAUGGCGUGGAGAUCUUUGUGGUCGGCUUCGUUCUGCCCAGUGCAGAGAAGGACAUGUGUCUAUCUGAGCCCAACAAGGGCAUGCUGGGUCUGAUCGUGUACCUUGGGAUGAUGGUUGGGGCCUUCGUGUGGGGUGGCCUGGCUGAUCGGAUUGGCCGUCGGCAGACCCUCCUUAUCUCCCUCUCCAUCAACAGUGUGUUUGCCUUCUUCUCGUCCUUCGUCCAGGGCUACGUCUCGUUCCUCUUCUGCCGCCUGGCCUCUGGUGUGGGUAUUGGCGGCUCCAUCCCCAUUGUGUUUUCCUAUUACUCUGAGUUCCUGGCCCAGGAGAAGCGAGGAGAGCAUCUGAGCUGGCUCUGCAUGUUCUGGAUGAUCGGUGGUAUCUAUGCCUCCGCCAUGGCCUGGGCCAUCAUCCCACACUAUGGCUGGAGUUUCCAGAUGGGCUCGGCCUACCAAUUCCAUAGCUGGCGUGUCUUUGUGUUAGUGUGUGCCUUCCCCUCUGUGGCGGCCAUUUGUGCCCUCACCACCAUGCCCGAGAGCCCCCGUUUCUACCUUGAGAAUGGAAAACAUGACGAGGCAUGGAUGAUUCUGAAGCAGGUCCAUGACACCAACAUGAGGGCCAAGGGCUACCCAGAGAGGGUCUUCACGGUGACCACCAUCAAAACAGUGAAGCAGAUGGAUGAACUGGUGAACCUGGGUGAUGGUGCCGCCUGGCAUGAGAAAUGGAGGACAAAGCUCUCUUCACUAUUCCAUCAGGUAUGGAGUAAUUUCCUGAGCAUUUUCUCCCCCGAGUACCGCCGCACCACCUACAUGAUGAUGGCUGUGUGGUUCUCUAUGUCCUUCAGCUACUACGGUCUGACAGUGUGGUUCCCUGACAUGAUCAAGUACCUGCAGAAGCAGGAGUACGCUUCACGCACCAAGGUUUUUGUUAAGGAGAAAGUAGACCAUGUCACCUUUAACUUCACUCUGGAAAACCAGGUCCAUCGCCAAGGAGAGUACUUCAACGACAAGUUUAUGAACCUGAAAAUGAGGUCUAUGGUGUUUGAGGACUCACUGUUUGAGGAGUGUUAUUUUGAGGACAUCACCUCCAGCAACACUUUUUUCAAGAACUGCACCUUCAUUGCCACCCUCUUCUACAACACAGAUCUCUUCAAGUAUAGGUUGGUCAACUGCAAGCUCAUCAACAGCACUUUCCUGCACAACAAAGAGGGCUGCCUGCUCAGUGAUGUCAGUGAUGAGAACAAUGCCUAUAUGGUCUACUUUGUCAGUUUCCUGGGCACCUUGGCUGUGUUGCCAGGCAACAUCGUCUCUGCACUGCUCAUGGACAAGAUCGGACGGCUGAGGAUGCUAGCGGGCUCCAGUGUGAUCUCUUGCAUCAGCUGUUUCUUCCUGUCUUUUGGCAACAGCGAGUCAGCCAUGAUUGCUCUGCUCUGCCUGUUCGGGGGAAUCAGCAUCGCUUCCUGGAAUGCCCUGGAUGUGCUGACCGUCGAGCUCUACCCCUCUGACAAGAGAACCACAGCAUUUGGCUUCCUCAAUGCCCUCUGUAAAUUAGCGGCUGUUUUAGGAAUAAGCAUCUUCACCUCGUUCGUUGGUAUCACCAAGGCUGUGCCCAUCCUCUUUGCUUCGGGGGCACUGGCGAUGGGCAGUUUUCUGGCCCUCAAACUACCAGAGACGCGGGGUCAGGUGCUGCAAUAGUGUGGC